AUGGCUUCAAGAAGAAUUUGUUUAUGGUUUUUAUUCUUAAUUAUUACACAAUCCGUUGGAGACGAUAUGCGAUCAGUCCGAAUAUCUUUAAUGCGUGGUCAGAAAUUUUCAUGUACUACUCCAAGUUGUUUACCGUUCGCUAAUAUGAUUACGUCGACUAUUAUGAAAUGUCAAAUGGCUUGUUUAGCUCAAGUUUAUUGUAGAGCAGCUAGUUUUCAGCGAUCAAAUUCUAAUUGUGAAUUAUUUACUGAUAUGUCAAAUGAAAUUGCACAUAUGUUGCCUGAUACCGACAUUACUACUAUGAUUGUUGUUGCUGGAUCACGAUCUCCACCUGAACCCACUACGACAACAUCAACGUCAACCACAACAUCAACGACUACAACAACAACUACAACAUCAACAACAACCACAACAUCAACUACAACGUCAACCACAACAUCAUCUACAACGUCAACUACAACAACAACAACAACUACUGCGCCAUGCAUGCAGGUCACGUACCCAUACGAUGCUCGUAGUUACUGGGCAAUGGAAAAUAAUGCUGCUGAUAGCAUAUCAAAUCUUAGUGGAACAGGUGUCAAUUCACCUACUUAUGUAACACCUGGCAUCACCGGUAGUGGAUACGCUUUGAAGCUCAUCAGUAGUAGUAGUCAAUACAUAUCAAUACCAACCUAUCAAAGUUUUGUUUCUACCAGUUUUACAGUAGAAAUGUGGAUUUAUUGUACUACAUUAACCAGUAGUGCUUAUGGGCUUUUCAAUCAAUAUGCAGCACCGACUGCAGAUCAUGAUUUUUUACUUACAGUUAUUGAUGCACAAUUUAGGAUGAGUUUUUAUGCUGAUGAUGCCAAUAGUGGAACUACAUUGUCGGCAAACACUUGGUAUCACGUGGCUUUUGUUUACGAUUAUUCAUCUCGAACACAGAUCAUUUAUAUAAACGGAGUUCAAGAUGUCAGUCAUAGCUCAGCCGGACCAUAUUUAGGUGCAAGUGGUUCUAUAUAUAUUGGAAACUUUUAUGAUGGUAGCAAUCACCCAUUCGACGGUUAUAUUGAUCAAGUUGCGCUCUACAUGAACGCUAGAAGUGCAAGUAAUAUUCUUUCAGAUGCUACCUUGGCCUCAUGGCAUUCAUUUGAUUGUGGAAUAUCUUAUGAUUCAGGUCCAAAUAGAAUCAAUGGAACAGCUAAUAAUGUUAUAUUAGCAUCUGGUAGAGUGAAUCAAGGAUUAAGCUUUAAUUCGUCGUCGUCUUAUUAUCAGAUACCUGGAUAUGUUCUUCUUGGAAUCGCAAGCAGUUCAUUUUCAAUGUCACUAUGGGUACAACGAACGUCGACAGGUGGAGGAACUCUUGUUGAAUACGUGGACCAAACAGGUACACAAGGAUGGUGUACUACUCCAUUAGGAUUUUCCUCUUCUGGUAAUAUAGUUGCCAAUGCUUUUUCUCCAGAUACCUAUGUAACAGGUCCUGUUCUAUCGGUCCUCACAUGGACGCAUAUUGCCACUACCUAUUCACAAACGCAUGGGCUUACAUUGUAUGUUAAUGGAGUAUCUGUUGGAAAUACAGGUGCACAGACCAAUAAUGCACCAAAUACACCAGUUACCCUGACAUUGGGCAACGCACUAAUUAGUGGCUAUUGUGAUCCACAGUCAAUUACAAGAGGUCCAUUUUAUGGCUAUUUAGAUGAAUUUCGUGUCUACUCACGUGAACUCAGUGUCGCAGAGGUUUCUGGACUUGCUAAUCCCUGA